CCGGAAGAGGAGCGAGGUUAACAACGGCGGAGACAUUUGUUGUGGAGGGUCGGCGGCGUUUCUGAAGUAAUUCAUAUAAUCCAAUAAAUAACCAGCUCCCAGCGGAGGUGCUUUCUUUCCGGCGGGUUUAGUGUCGCUGAGCAUACGCUAGAGAUGUCGGUCCCGCCUCCCAGCCGCUCGUCCACCGGCUGGCCGCGCUCCGCUCCCGUCCAGUUUGGGAACAAAUACGGGCCCGCGAAGCCGCUCACACUGGAGAGGACAAUCAACCUAUACCCCCUCACCAACUACACAUUCGGUACCAAGGAGCCGCUGUAUGAGAAGGACAGCUCGGUGGCAGCCCGGUUCCAGCGAAUGCGGGAAGAGUUUGACAAGAUGGGGAUGCGGAGGACAGUGGAGGGUGUCCUCAUUGUCCAUGAACACAGACUGCCUCAUGUUUUGCUCCUGCAGCUGGGCACAACUUUCUUUAAACUGCCUGGUGGAGAGUUGAACCCUGGGGAAGAUGAGGUGGAGGGUUUGAAGCGCCUGAUGACCGAGAUCCUUGGACGGCAGGAUGGUGUGAAGCAGGACUGGGUGAUUGAUGAUUGCAUUGGUAACUGGUGGCGCCCCAACUUUGAGCCUCCACAGUAUCCCUAUAUUCCAGCUCACAUCACUAAACCUAAAGAGCAUAAGAAGCUGUUCCUGGUCCAGUUGCAGGAAAAAGCACUGUUUGCUGUGCCCAAAAACUAUAAACUGGUGGCUGCACCGUUGUUUGAACUGUAUGACAACGCUCCUGGAUAUGGACCGAUCAUUUCCAGUCUACCACAGCUGCUGAGCAGGUAAUGUUCAGGACUUUUGCA